CCACCCAUGGGUCCUGCUGUUUGGGCCAUCUCCUUCGCGCAUGUCAAGCCGCACGUGCAUUUGCUGCGUGUCGUGUCGGUCGUUGUUGUGUAACAUUGCGAAUCGUGUACUUUGUGAAAACAACUACAAUUGGAUAAAACUCUGUGGAGGGUUAGAAACGGUCUCUAAAUGGGAGGUCUUCAAAAGAAAAAGUUUGAGAGGGGCUCUGCCACCAACUACAUCACCAGAAACAGAGCUCGAAAGAAGUUGCAGCUCAGCCUCCCGGACUUCAGGCGACUUUGCAUUCUCAAAGGCAUAUAUCCUCAUGAGCCAAAGCACAAGAAGAAGGUGAACAAAGGCUCUACAGCCCCAAGGACCUUCUACCUGCUCAAGGACAUCCGCUUUCUGCUCCAUGAGCCAAUUGUUGGAAAAUUCAGAGAGUACAAGAUAUUUGUGCGUAAGCUUAAGAAGGCUUAUGGAAAAACAGAGUGGUCUGCAGUGGAAAGACUGAGAGAGAACAAGCCAACCUAUAAAUUGGAUCACAUCAUCAAAGAAAGGUAUCCAACCUUCAUUGAUGCCCUCCGUGAUAUCGACGAUGCCCUCUGCAUGUGCUUCCUCUUCUCCACUUUUGCUCGAACAGGAAAAUGUCAUGUGCAGACAAUCCAGCUGUGCAAACGGCUCACUGUGGAGUGGAUGAACUAUGUGAUCACAUCACGUUCUCUGCGAAAGGUUUUCCUCUCCAUCAAGGGAAUAUAUUAUCAGGCUGAGGUGAUGGGACAGCUCAUUACAUGGGUGGUGCCAUAUCAGUUCUCCCAUGAUCACCCCGUUGAUGUUGAUUACAGAGUAAUGGCAACAUUCACAGAGUUGUACACCACUCUGCUGGGCUUUGUCAAUUUCAGGCUCUACAAUUCUCUCAACUUGGUCUACCCACCAAAGCUGGACAGUAAUGCAGAAUCAGAGCCAAAGGAAGAGAGUGAGGAUGACUAUGCCAUGAAUUCUGAAAGUUACUUAGAGAAACUGUCAGCUCUGAGUGCCAGUCUGGCACGUGUGGUUUCUUCUGCAGAGGAGGAGGAGGCUCAACUGGACCAUUUUCCCACUGAAGGGGAGGACAUGGAGAAGAUGGAGGCUAGGGAAAAGGAACUGAAACAGCAAGAAGCUCAGAAGAAGCUUUUUGAGGGACUCAAGUUUUACCUCAAUAGAGAAGUUCCCAGGGAGUCUCUGGCGUUCAUCAUCAGGUGUUUUGGAGGUCAGGUAUCCUGGGACAAGUCUGUGUGCAUUGGUAGCACAUACGAAAUGACAGAUGAGACCAUCACCCAUCACAUUAUUGACAGGCCCAGUGUUGACAAACAGUAUAUCAACAGAUACUACAUCCAACCCCAGUGGGUAUAUGACUGUGUCAAUGCCAAAGUGCUCUUGCCUGUGGAGGAUUAUUUCCUUGGGGUGACUCUACCCCCUCACCUGUCUCCGUUUGUGGAGGAGAAGGAAGGUGACUAUGUGCCUCCAGAGAAACUGAAGAUCAUGGCCUUACAGCGAGGAGAAAAAACAGGCAAUGAACAGGAGGAGGAGGAAGAAGAAGAGGAGGAGGAAGAGGAAGAAGAAGAACAAGAAGAGGAGGAAGAGGACGACAAUGGUGAUGAAGAGGACGAUGAAGAGGAAGUAGCAGAAGAGAAAAACCUUAAGAAAAUGGAAGAACAAAGAUCCCAGGGCAAGUCUCUACAAGUCAAAGUGACACCUGGAAAGCUGAAGGUAGAAAAUAAAGCACGCUUGGAGCAAGAGGAGAAGGCAGAGGAGAAGCGUCUAGCCAUCAUGAUGAUGAAGAAAAAGGAAAAGUACCUCUAUGACAAAAUCAUGUUUGGAAAGAAAAGAAAAGUCCGUGAGGCUAACAAGCUUGCUGCCAAGAGGAAGGCUCACGAUGAUGCAGAAAAAGCAAAAAAGAAAAAGGCCCGAAAAUAACUGGUGCCUACUUCAGACUGACUUUGUUUUUAACUUAGAGGUUGAGUACUUUGCAGGUUUACAUACCAUAAAACCUGAAAGUGUAGUAGACCUCUGUGUGCUACAUGCACUCUAAUGACCUCUGCAAAACUUCAAACAGCGCAGGUUGUCACAAAUGCUAGUUGUGUAAUUAUUAUUGUAAAAGUAACUGUUUGUUUGAUCUGUGCUACACUUUUCUGUAUUUCAUAAUACAACUUCGUCUUUAUUUUAAAGUCUGUAACCAAAAUAUUUUACAGUUAAACGGACUGAAUUAAACGUGUUACUUGUGAUAUUGCAUCUCUAAGAAGAAAUGAUUCUCUUAGUCUCGGCGCCAUAUUGAAAAAGGAUCAUUUGUCCUUGAGGCUGUAGCUUUAGGGCAGCGGUCUCUUUUCAAAGCUGUGCAGGGUCAGACAAGAUGGCGAAAGGUCAGAAUACAAUCCAGAGAACAAACCUAAAGAGUUCACAUCUGCAGAGGCUGAGGUCACGCUGCUGCUGUCGGUUGAACCUCUUUGCUGAUUGGUUAACACUUACGUAGUGGGCGGUGAUGACAAAGAA